AUGAGCACCAACACCAUUCGCAUCGAGACACGGUACAUCGCGCGCGCGUCGCCGUCGCAGCCCGCGUUCGUGCUGCAGGCGACGUGCCUCGCGGGGUCGUACAUGCUUUGGAUCGGCACGGCAGAGGAUGGAGGGCGCGGGGACGACGAAAGCGCGAAACGCCUGGUGGCGCAGGGCAGCGUCGCGCGUGACUGGGCGUGCGCGAUGCCCCCGAUCCAGGGGAGGCCGGCGCUGGGGACGCCGCUGUUCAGGACAUCGGGGUCGGAUGCGGCGCUGGGGAUGGCGCAGCGAUUGGCGCGGCGGUUUGGCAAGCAGAUGUUCCUGUCUGUGGACGUGGCUGGAGGGUUCAUGUCGGGAGAGCAGGGGCUGCUGGGUGCGGAGCGUGCGCUGGUGUCGACGCUGAAGGAGCUGGAGGGAGAGGGUGAUGGCGUUGGCGCCGCUGGUGCUGGUGGUGAUACGAAUACUGCAGCGUAG